CUCCUUUUCAACCAGUCAACCAUGCUGCACCCACGUGUAAUUUACUGUACACCGUUUUUUCAUAUAAAUGAACGUGAACUUUAUUAUGUCUUCUACUGUACAUAGUCACUGCCCACGCUAUCACUAGCAAGGCUGAUAACCUUUAAAAUUAAUCUCAAAAUGAAGUUAUUGUUAGCAGUAGUUUCAACCACAAGGACUUAAGACAUAAUCAUGGACAUAAAGCUGAUAUAGAUAUGGAUGCCUAUGAGAUAAGAUUUUUCUGUGAAAAGUUGCUAAAAGGAGCAGUGAACAUUGUUGAGCUGCUAUUUACAGACAAUCUCUACUAUACUAGUACUUACUGGUCACAGUUAUUAUCGUUGAGGGAAAGUUUAAUAAGUGAGCAGGUCAUACUCCAGUACAUUGCUUUUAUUAAGAGAAACAUGAAGCUGAUCAACAGUGGGAAGUACACAGGUACUGUAAAGGAAAGAAAGUCCUUUUAUCAAGUAUUUCACAAGUUGCUGUCCCUGGAGAGUUUUGUAGUAGGAGGGAAUCCAGUGGUCACUUGUACUGGUAGUGAUAGAGACUAUUUGAUGAAGAUUCGCCAUGAACCUCUGGAAGGUGAUUUUGAUAGAGCUCUUCUCUAUUUUGAGGCACAGAGGAGGCUUGGGCUAGCUUGUGAUCAGCUGCUUGGCAGAGUAAAGAGAUUUCAGGAGUAUGGAGACUAUCGCAUAUUGCAAAUGUGGCUGCUAAUGGUUAGAGGUAUCUCUUUAAAGGAGCCACUGAAGAUGGUCACACCUCCUAUUUAAAUUUGUUCAUCAAAGAUGGGUCCCAUUGUACUGAGAAUAUGGGCGUGAUUCGGAAGCUGCAAUAGAUGUGCUGUUUGUACACAUGUUAUAUCCAUUGCUUUUGCUGUCACAACCAGGCAUUAAUCAUUCUUUCUAAAUAUUUUGCUAAACUUAUGAUUUCAUUUUGUCUAUUGUGUUAUUGCUGAAUUAAAAA